GUCAAGCAGCGGGACUCCAGGCUCUCACUUCCCCAGCUGCUGACGUCAGCUGGCAGCCUGGGCUGAGCUCGCCGCUCCGGACAUAGCGCCGAGAAAAAUGCUGCUCUCCGUACCGCCAAGGGCAGGAAUCAACCCAUACAACGGCUACAACAACAGAAACAGCAAAAAGGCCUAUGUGUCCUCCGGCCACCAGAUGGCGCCCCCCAGUCCCAACACCAACAGUAGUAGCAACAGCAGCGGUGGGGGAGGGGAACAGCUGAGUAAAACUAACCUGUACAUCCGCGGCCUUCAUCCGGGGACCACGGAUCAAGACCUGGUCAAGCUCUGCCAGCCGUGA